CAGAGAGGAGAAAAAAAAAGCCAUUUUGUGGCGCCCCUAUAGACUGAAAGUCUAAGGCGACUGGCAGUCUGCAGAUCCCGAACAUCAGUGCCUAUUCCUGUGUGGCAAGCCAGUACAUCAGGACAACUAUCAGAAAGGGUUGAGCUUGGACCAAGAGUUGAAGACUUAAAAGUCCUGGAUUGCUGCUCCUGACACACAGACUUAAAAAUGCAUCGGAGUACUCGGAUCAAAAUCACUGAACUUAAUCCUCACCUCAUGUGUGCCCUGUGUGGCGGGUACUUCAUUGAUGCCACUACAAUUGUCGAAUGUUUGCAUUCAUUUUGUAAAACCUGCAUCGUACAUUACCUGGAAAGCAACAAAUUCUGUCCCAUGUGUGAUGUCCAAGUGCAUAAAACAAGGCCACUGCUCAGUAUCCGAGCAGACAAAACCUUGCAAGACAUUGUUUAUAAGCUGGUUCCUGGACUUUUUAAAGAUGAAAUGAAGAGGAGAAGAGACUUCUAUGCAGCUUACCCUACAACAGAUGUAGCCAACGGCACAAAUGAAGUUCGGGGAGAAGUUGCCGAAGAGAACAGAAGAAUUCUAAGAGAAGAUGAAAUAAUCAGUUUGUCAAUAGAAUUUUAUGAGGGAAACAGAAAUGAUAAGAAGAGAGUUAUGGAGAACGGAGAUAUUGAAAAGGAAAAGACAAACAGCCGGCGGUUCCUUCGCUGCCCAGCUGCUAUGACAGUGACGCUUCUGGCUAAGUUCCUGAGAAAUAAGAUGGAUAUCCCCUGUAAUUACAAAGUUGAAGUUUUGUUUGAAGAUGAACCAUUAAAGGACUAUUACACUCUCGUGGACGUUGCCUACAUAUAUCCGUGGAAAAGAAACUCGCCUCUCCCUCUGAAGUAUCGAGUACAGCCAACUUGCAAACGAUUAAAACUAAACCACAGAGCAAACACAGAUGGUGUCAACCUAAAUGGCAACUCAGAAAGUGACUCAGUCAGUGAGAAGGCAAACAGUCCUGCUACGGUGCCAUCAGCUUCCUCCUCCUUGCCGAGUCCGGUUGCUUCUUGCCAAGAGUCACCCAACCCAGGAAGUCAGACAAACACCCCAGCAGUUAUUACAGCUAACACAGCCUUACUCAACGGAAGCACAAACUGCCAUCAGAUGCCUUCUGAAGCCUGCACUGGACAUAAAGUGACUACAAAUGGUGUUACAGGUUCACCAUUAAGUUAAACAGCACCUUCUACUCAGAAGAUUAUAUAAAUAUAUAUCUAUAUAUAUAUAUAUAUAUUCAAACAUAUUUUCUAAUGAUUCACAAAGAGUACUUUAAUUUAAACUGUAGUAUCUAAAGGACAUUUAAAUGAAUCAGAUUUUUUCUUUUAUUUUUUUAUUUUGUUUAAAAAAAUAAUUUAUGGAGCAGCCCCAUCUGAUUUAUGGCGACACCACCAUCUUUUAAAGACAGUGUUUGCAAAAUUCUUUUCUACCGUUCCACUGCUCAAAAGGGGCAAAUUAGUUCCUAGCAUGUAGGCUGUAAAGAGAAGGGUGUGUAAGUUUCAGAUGCUAUGCAGACUGUUUUUAUAAGUAUAUCUGCUGUAGCUAGACUAACUGUGUUCCUUGAAGGGAUUUGUUGCACAUUGUUUGACAAUGCCCACUGUUUUAAAAAGUAAUUAGCUGUUCUCAGUGUAUAAUAUAUUGUCUGGCUUGGCAUUUUAAAACAACUGCAUGUAGUUCUUGGCAGCAUUUACGCUCUUUUGUUGUUUCUUUUUUUCCUAUACUCUCAUCUUAGAUAUAACCAGAAACUAUAAAGUAAUGAGGUCAUGCAAAGAAAACAUUUGCUUUACCAAAAACAUCGAUCAGCAUUCCGUCUUUGUGCACUACCAGAUGUUGCCAGUAGAUAGCAGUGUUACACAGCAGUGUUACACAUCUCCAUUCCCCUAAACUGCUGUAAACCACAGGGUGCUAAAAUAUAGAUUCAUAGAUUAUUUCUAGGCUAGCUGCCUUCAUGGACCAUUUUUAAGCCUAGCCAGUUACCCCCUGUGAGAAUUAAAUCCUGCACCUUGUGCUUCUAAGGUAAACACCUUAAGCAUUACACCACCCUCCCACCUGUUACAGAGCUUAUGUUGUAUAUGCAGUAACUGUUUCACCAAGUUGUUAGGGUCUGUAUAACUUCUUCAGAGCACACCUCUCAACUGUCCAUGACUUUGUAAUACUUUUGCCCUGUCAUCAUAAAAUUUUCAAUUUUCAGGUAUUUCAAUGAGGAUUCCAGUGAGUCACUAAUACCAGAUGUUAGAGAUCAGUUGAUCUUAAUUGUUGAUGCAAAAACCUGUUUAUUAACUUUUAAGUGAAUUACACUGCUAAUUAAAAAUUGUCCAUUAUUUUGGAUGUUUGACUGUCUCCCCAUGUUUUGCUAUUGUUCCUGAUUCUUUUGCAAAAAAGUUGAGAGUUAUACUUCACAGGCACCAUAACCAAGUCUGUGUAGUUGAAUUGCAAAAUAAUUCAGUGUAAUUGCACAAAAUGUAAUGAUCUUAGUUAUCUACAGUAUUUCUUGUGGGAGGCAAAGCCCCACUACCCUAUACAGGGCAUGACACCCUGUACAUUCAAAAAACUUAACCAAAACCUUAAUCCUAACCCCACCCCCAGUCUAAUCUUGGAGUUAAUGAAUUUGGGCACCUACUGCAGCAGUGAUACUCAACUAACUGGCAUUUUGUUGAGUUAACGCUCAGACAGAUUGAAUUAGACUAAAAUUGUUCAGCAACAUUUUCCACAAACAAGCACCCUGCACCCACUGUUACAGUAUAGUAUUUUAAGUCAUGCUUUUGGCCACUCAAACAGAACCAUUUACCAGUGUCUGUAAAAGUGUAUUUCAGUAUGAAACCACAUUUUAUACCGUUGUACUGUUUUAAAAUGAGGGUAUGCAAAGAUAAGUAUUUUUUAUAUAUAUAAUCUGAUGCUUUUGAGGUACCACAUCGUAAUCCCUUGCUUUUUUUCAUCUUUUUAACAGUUCCUUUACCAGGUGAAGCAGCUCACCUGUUAUGGUUCGCUUGUGCUAGGUUAUGCUAAUAAGUAGCUUUAUCCAUAUACAGGCUUGCAAGCAUUGGCUGCCAUCUUUUCAUCAUUGUAUGGUAGUCUAACUCUGAAGUGGCAAACACCAGGGAGGCAGCACUUCUUAACACAUGCACUUCACUAGUACACACCUGUCGGUAACAAGAGACUCACUUUCAGGUGUGAGAUGCUGGUGGACAAAGCAGUAGGGCCAGCACUUGACAAGGCAGCUGUUAUUAUAUGGCAGCCUAUUACACACCAGAAGGACUACCUGAGCUGUGAAGAUGCUGCAUAUUUACACCUGCAAAGAGCAAUAGUAUUAGUUAUAUUGUAGUCUGCUGUACUUUUAAUUGGAGUUGAGAGAGAGUGUCCCACAUGCCUGACUGCUUCACACAGUUGCUCAGGUUUACUUGGGAUCUUUUGAAUUGUUAGCCAGUGUAAUAUGGUCUCCACGUACUGAAUGCCCCCCAUUCUUAUUCUUAGGGAACCAAACCGAAAGAAUGACGUUCUUCAUUCUGAGUGUCAUUGUACUGUUGAUUACACUGUUGUUGUGAUUUCUGGAGUUACUCAGCAUAAAGGAGAUAACUGAAGCCUUGGUUUGGAAACUUUCAGUAGAAGUAAUGCAAACAAUGUAUGACACUGUCUAUUAUUGAUGCAGAAGGCACAGCUGAAUAUCGUCAGUCAUCUGCAGAGUAAAAUAGUAAGCUUCACUCAUCGUGUUGGCUGCCAUCUUGUGAUUUAUAGCUUGAGUCCUGCAGAUUGAAAAAAAAACGUAAAGCAAUAUUCCUUUCGCAUUAAAGAGGUGUUUCUGAUUUUAGAAGAUGGAGGCAUUUUAUCUUAAUUUGGCCACAGCAAAGUCAUCACUGCAAGGCUUGUAUUUAAAAUUUUGAAAAUCCAGACCAUGGCAUUUGUUUAUUCCCACCCCACCCCCUUUUUUAAUUACUUCAAAAGUCUGAGGUUAUGUUGACAUAAAACUGUAGUUGGAAAGUUCCUACAAGUUUUUUUCAGUCCACUUAAGUAGAAGUUUGGUAUAAGUACCUCUUUCUUAAUCUGGCUCUUUAACUUUGUUCUUCAUUAAAACAAAAAGCACCCCUAAUUUACUUUGCUUCUCACUUUGUAAAGUACACUUUUGUGAGACUCAUUUUGUUAGCUGGGUUUUCCUUUUAAUUUUUUUCUUCACUUGUGUUUGCUUGCAAGUGCCACAGUGAAUCUGGUGGUGUAAUCUUUGAGAUUUUGGAGGAUGUUGUAAGCUGUUAUAGCAAAAAUUGAUAUGGAGUUACCCUGUAGACCCACUUCACUAGUUCUGAUACAUUUCAGAACCGAGACCAGAAAGUGUUUAAUAAUGCAGUAUGAAGUAAAAGAUGUAAUGACAGAAUAUAUUUAAAAAGUGGUUCAAAGCCAGCCAAAAGCAGUGUAUGGGUAUAAAUAAUGCCUACAUCACUGUGUUUUCAGUUAUAAUUAAAGUUUGUAUUUUAUUUAUUUUUUUAUCUUUAUGAGCUCUUUAGUAGAAUUCCUUUAAUUCUUUAAUUUCAUUCAUAUAAUGCUGACAUCGGUACAUUUGUAUCAGCUAUAUCAGAAGGAUCUCCGUAAGGUCAUCACUUCAUUGUAAAAAAUUAUCCCAAUCCCUCCGAGCUACACGCUCUAGGGACCUAAACCUUGUCACCACAAUAAACAGACAUGCCGGAGGGAUAGAUACCUGUCCCAG